AUGUCUGUACAAGCCCUACUUAGCGAAGUUCGUCCAAAUAUGGAAAUUUUCCAGGCAAUUAAAGCGGCUGACCAACUUUUUUACAAAGACAGAGUUCAUUAUGUGGAUCUUAAACCUAUUUUUACUUCUAAAAAGGAAGGAAAAAUUGAAGGAAUCGUUCAAGCUGACAAUGAGCACAAGGAUAACUUGACGAAACCAGACAAAAAAUCUGUUGGAAAUGUUCAAGGUAUAUUUUGGUACUUUCCUGUUAUCUGCCCACAUUUUUAUUUUCUUUUUCCCCUCUCUAUUUUUUCUUAA